GCAGAAUUUUGGGCGCGAGGACGCGUGGUGGCAUCGGGAGCGCGCACGUUGACACUCUGAGUGACUGAGCGGCUGCAAGGGGUUAGACGGACCGAGAGCGGGAGAGGGAGACGAUGCAGAUCACGCUGAAGACCCUCCAGCAGCAAACCUUUCGCAUAGACAUCGACUCUGAGCAGACGGUAAAGGCACUGAAAGAAAAAAUUGAAGCAGAGAAGGGAAAUGAUGCUUUCCCAGCUACUGGGCAAAAGCUAAUAUAUGCAGGUAAAAUCCUCAAUGAUGACACACAACUAAAAGAUUACAAAAUAGAUGAGAAGAACUUUGUGGUGGUUAUGGUAACAAAGCCUAAAGCUGCUCCGGCAUCAACACAACAAACAACACAACCUGCUUCAGUGAGUACCACAGCAGCUGCCUCCACAACAGCAACUCCAGCUUCAACGAUUCCAGCUUCGUUUCCAACCUUAAUUGCAGAUUCAAUUUCUCCUUCAAAUCAAGCUUCUACUCCUAAUCCCGCUCCAACCUCAGCUGUGACCGCUCUUGUCCCAGCCUCUCCACCUGCUAUAGUUCCAGCAUCUGAUCCUACUAGCACAGUCACGGAGGAAAAGCCAAAGGAGGAAGAAUCAAAAGAAGACACCAGUGGUGCUUCAGAAGGACAAAACCCAAGAUCUUUGGCUGAAGAAAUCGACUUGAAUCUGGUAGAAACCGCGUCAUCUACGUUAGUUACAGGACAAGCUUAUGAAAACCUGGUGGCAGAGAUCAUGUCAAUGGGCUAUGAUCGAGAGCAGGUUCUUGCAGCACUACGAGCAAGCUUUAAUAACCCAGACAGGGCCGUGGAAUAUCUUCUCACGGGAAUCCCAGCAGAGCCAGAAGUCCCAGAGGAGCCACAACCUCGAGUCACAACGCAACCACCGUCACAGCCAUCAUCACAGUCCACACCAACCAGUAAUCCUCUGGAAUUUCUGCGAACUCAACCCCAGUUUCAGCAAAUGCGUCAGAUAAUACAACAGAACCCAGCGUUACUGCCGGCCCUUCUCCAGCAACUUGGUAGAGACAACCCAACACUCCUACAGCAAAUAACUCAGCACCAGGAGCAAUUUGUUCAAAUGCUGAAUGAUCCUUUGGGAGAGGCUGGAAGUGAAGGAGCAGAAGGUCAAGGGUCACCACACACUAACUACAUCCAGGUUACACCCCAGGAGAAAGAGGCAAUAGAGAGGUUAAAGGCGUUGGGCUUCCCUGAGGGACUGGUCAUUCAAGCCUACUUCGCCUGCGAGAAGAAUGAAAAUCUCGCCGCAAACUUUCUUCUCCAGCAGAACUUUGAUGAUGAAUGAUUUUUCUUUCCCUCCUUUCUUCCCUCCCUCCCUUUCUUCCUCUGCAUCCCACCCCCCUCAUUCUUUUUAACAAAACGGUUCACUUUCUAUAUAAUUGGAUGUUUUGGUAAGGCCAGGCAAAGUGGGGUUACCUGGCUGUAUCAACAUUGAGGUGCAGCACUGGAAAGCACAUUUAAACAAUCAGAAGCCGUAUUCCUUUGGUCUGUCUAUACUAGGUGACAUUUGACAGUUCAUGACAAGUAGCCAAUGGUGGGGUUGGGGGAGGGGGGGGGGGGGAACCUUGGUGAUGGGUGGGAGAGGAGCCUGUAUUCACAAAAGUUUAUGCAGUGUGCAUCAAAGAUUUCCUAGCCCCUAAAUAUUAGAGAAAACAGUUUUGCAUUUGUGCCUUUUGUGAAUAUGGGCGUGGAUGUGGUGGGAGAAACCGAAGGUCAAAGUACUUUGCAGCAUAAUGUUUCAAACUUGCCUAUAAUCAGAACUUUCAGUAGUUUUUUUUUUUCUGUUUAUGGUGGGUGGGGGGAAGAUGGGCUAUUGGAAAGAAAUGUACAAUCAUUUAAGUAGUAAUAGCAGAUGUGAGAUUGCCAUUCUGGAAUGAAGCUGGCAGCAGAUGUAAUGCCCAAUAAGAUAUUGUUUGAAUUGUCUCUGCCAACUACUGGAAAUGCAACCAUACCCAUAGUAAGGCAGCAAAAUAUUUUAUUUUAAAUAAAAUCUAAAGUUUCCCAUGUUGAAAACUGCUGUAUUUUAAAAAAGCCGCCUGUCUUGCAUUGCUGUUUAGGAAGUGUAUUGCGAUCUGUAUCUUUAUUUAAAACAAAAUUGAAGCACGAUAUUAAACAGCAGCUUGCAAUCACUGCAGGAAUCUUUAUCUUGUCUGAAUAAGUAGCAGCAGUUUAAGUUUGUUAGUUAACCUCACUCUCGAGUACAGCACGCCACUGUUUCUUAAUAUUAUACUACCUUGGCAUCGAUAUUAUUAAUAGUGCUAACUGGCCCCAGUUUAGAGAGUCAAAUGGAGCAUCCACAGGCUUGACCAAGGACAGUUAUUUCAUGGCAAUAGGCAUGAAAAGAUGUUCAGAAACUGAGCCUACAUGGUACUGAUGCAUCCCACAGAUUAACAUAUUCAAUUUCAGCUGUUAAAUUAAUGUGGGUAGGUAAUGUGAGAGGAAGAGACUGGCUGUCCCCAAGAUGAGAUGUGGAAAAUUAAUCUGUACUUGUCCUGAAUAGAUGUUAAGUAUCAUUUUAAACUGCUUGGAAAUGUUGAAUAGCUAUUUUCAAGAUGUGCUGAAGGACCUUUGCCACCAUGAGUCACCAUUUCUGAGCAGAUACAGAAGGGUUGGUCAUAAUUUGGUUCAGGGGAUGAAUAUUUUGAUGUAUUUUUUUCUACGGUCCUGUGGUUCAUGCAUGAUGUAUGCUUUGCUUAUUCUUAAUCUGGUGAAAGAUUAUAACACUGAGGUCUGAGGAGCCUAAAAACAAUACCAUUAGUUAUUCACUGCAAAAUACAAUACAACUGGAAAUGUUUUCAUCGUAUUAAUUUCCAAUUUGCAAUGUAUGAUCAUUUGAAAAAUGUAGCUUUUAGGUUCUUCUGAAAAGUAGAUUUUAUUUCUGCAUCCCUAAACAGUUGCUGUGCUUAGCACCGUCCUGAGCAGCCAUGUGUCACCACAUCUGCAUCUUUUCCCACUGAAUGUGGUAGCUGAAUGUUAACACUCACAAUUUGAAUCAUUGACACAGUUAUUUGUGCAGAAUUUCACGAGGCACUGUUGAUUUCAGUUGUCUUCAAAUAAUAUUGGCAGAUUGAGGCGGAAGUAAAAAUGUCAUUGCAUCUCGUCUGGUAGGUGAUUUAUAAUUUCCCUUGCCAUCUCACUGUUUUUAUUUGACUUGUGCCUCAGGAAUUCAGAAGUAAGAAAACAGAAUAUUUUGAGCACUAAAGUUGAUUUUAUUUUCUAUAUGAAGUCUGCAUCAAACAAUAUUUUAAAAAUGCAGUGCAAUUUUCAGUUUGGAGAGCCUUGCAUUGUUGAGGUUGUUGGACCUGAAACAGCCAGUUGCCUGAUUGGUUAACAAUUAAAGGAGGAAUUUUGCUUGGAAGCUUCAGAGCUAGCCAGUGGUCACCAUUUAAUGAUCAAUUAGUGUUCAUCCUCCAAAGCUGGAGAAAUGGCAGGGUGGAAAAUUGUGUUUGAGGAAUAGAAGGUUACUGUUUGGAAUUCAUAAUUGGCCUCAGUACUUUCAGUAGGGCAAAAGCAGUCGCCUAUUCUGCACAUGUUGUUUAUAUUUUAACAUGGAAGAGAUCAGAAACGGUUCAUGCCCAAUUGAUUUUUCUUUUUGUUUUUCUGGUGGAUUUCUUUUGUGCUGUCGAGUUGAAAUAGGCAGAGAGGGCAGUGGUAUAAUGAAGAGUGGUUCACAGCUCAGUUUUACUCUCAGCACAGCCUGUCUGGAAACGAACUAUCAAUAAUUGCUGGUGUCUUUUGCCCAUUUCCCUAAAAUAUCUUUGCUGGCAGAAACGGAUCUGGGAAUAUAGUAUCAAAUAAACCAAAACUGAGAACAAUGAGGCUCAGUUCUGUUCACUUUUCAAGGCCUUUUAAAUUCCUCCAGUGUGCCAUGUGUUGAUUCCAAAUCAGAAGCUACGACUUAAAAAAAUAAUUAGAAAUGUGGCUUCAGGAGGGGUGUGUGGGAAGGUUCAUCUAUUGGAUACUGGUGCUGUUUCCUUCUGCACCCUCCUGUCCACGGAUCUGGUGGUGCAGAUCUUGUGCUGGUUCACUGUUUGUGAGACCCAAGGGGAUGUAUCACUACCUCUUCUUGUGUCUUGCUCUGUUCCUUCAACUCCUGAGCUAAUUUGUUCCAAGAAAAAUAAAACCAGUUUUGGAGAGCAGCACAGCCCGAGACGGGUUGCAGUGUAAUUGACAAGACUAUUGCUCAUUCCCCUCUGCCAAUCAGCUGGGGUUUAUCAUGUUGUUCUCUUUCUGUUCUAUUAAUUCACUAUAGAACCAGUGUAUAACCACAAUUCAUAUUUUACACUGGUAACCUUUGCAAUUGACCUCUUAUUUACAGCCUAUGACUCAAGUUUCCCUUGUAUCACUUUGAGUCAAAAUGAAUUGUAAGCCCCAGUCUUGCAUCAGGUACCUUUGACAUAGAGCUGAUUUGCUGAAUGUUCCUGGGAUUCAUAAUGUUUCAGUGUUAACUACAAUAAAGGCUUUUUACAAAGCUU